UGGGUGCACUGUCUGCUUCGAGCCUGCCUUCUUCUCAGACAGAAGCCCUCUGUUGCUCAUUUGCCAGUCUGUCUGUCGUUCUUUCUCUCUUUCCCUCUGUCUCUCUCACUCUUUCUUUGAGUUUUCAGCCUUUCCCAUCUGUAUGUGAUUUAGGCACAGGCUCAGGGGAGAGGCAAGUCCGCUAGGGGAGAGGAAUCAGGACAGGGAGGGAGGGAGGAAGGGAGGGAGAGAGAGAGAGAGAGAGAGAGAGAGAGUCCACACAAGUUUGUUUUACAGGACUCAGCCCAGGCCGGGACUCGGCGCAGUGCCGCAUCUGGAGGUCGAAGCAGUGGAAAAGUGAAGCCAACGGGGGCAGCAAAGCAAGAGGAGCUGCCCAGAGAGACUUUGCUACAGCCAGGAGACACUGACAGAGACACAGACAGAGAGAGGGGGAUCAGUGCUCCACUGGGCAAACACACACAAAUAUGGCUGCUAUAUCUCUGUCCUGCCUCUGCCUUCUCUGCAUCCUCUCAGGGAUUGACUACUCAGCUUCUGCCGCCAGGCUUGGGGAACAGCAACAGUCGGUGCUGAAAGUGUGUGCAAAAGGAUUUUUCCUGAGCGCACAAGACAUAUGUUUACCGUGUAACUGCAAAGGCCACGCCGAUUACUGUGAUGACAUCACCGGCGUUUGUAUAAACUGCAGGGACCACAGUACAGGUGAUUUCUGUGAAAUGUGUGAAGAUGGCUAUAUGCUGGCCCCCAGCCUGAGCGGAAGUCACACCUGCCGACCCUGCGCCUGCCCCCUCUCCGUCCCCUCUAACAACUUCGCAGUACGCUGUGACAAAGGAAGUACCAUUCUGCGGUGCAAAUGCCAAGAGGGCUACUCCGGACAUUUCUGUGAGAGGUGUGCUCCAGGUUACUAUGGCAACCCGAUGGCCAUUGGUAAUUCCUGUAAGAGGUGUGACUGUAAUGGUAACUCUGACCCUAACCUGAUCUUCAACGAGUGCCACAACGUGACGGGCCACUGCCAGCACUGCUGGGGGAACACCGCCGGCGCCAACUGUGAGAGGUGUGCCCCAGGUUUCUACGGCGACGCCAUCAGUGCCAAGAACUGCAGAGAGUGCGAGUGCAAUAAAUGUGGCACCUCUUCAUGCGACGACAGAACCGGAGUGUGUCACUGUAAGCCGGGCGUCACCGGGAGACUCUGCGACCAAUGCGAGGAGGGCUACUCUGGUUUCUCCAGCUGUCAGGGCUGUCGAAGGUGUGAAUGCGGAGCAGCUUCCUUUCGCUCCACCUGUCAUCCUCUCACACACAGCUGUCCGUGCCGCCCGGGGGCCGGAGGUCGUUACUGCGAGCGCUGCCUCCCAGGCUUCUGGGACUACAGCGCCUCCGGCUGCCAGAAGUGUGACUGUGAGAGCGGCCACUGUGAUAUGCACACAGGAGAGUGCCUGCUCGAGGCUGCAACCGUCAACUUGUGCAACACCAGUUGUGAUGAGUGCAUUUGGCAUCUGAUUGGGGACUUGCGGCUGUCGAAUAAGACACUGGACCAGCUGAAAGUCGGAGUGUUGAACAUAUCCACUGGUGCUGCUGCCAAUGACAGGCUCAAAUAUUACAACUACACGGCUCAUCGACUGCAGACUCAGUUUCAAGAUUGGAGAAACAAGUCCUCUAUGAUGAAGGCCCAGACUGGGGAGCUGAAGGAGGCCACAGAAGCUGUAGUGUUGGACAUCAAACAGCUGGGAGAAUCGGAGAGUGUGGUGAAGACUCUGGGGAACAAUCUGGAUAAUGACACACUGGACACUUUAACCCAGGCUGAGCAGCUCAACACAAACCUCACUGAUCUCAACGUGCGCAUUGAAGAGAUGAUCCAUGACUGGGAGCUGUACAGUGUUCACCAGGAUGUGGAUCCAGAGGUGAUCAGACGGAACACUGAGGUGGCGCAGGGAAUGGUGUCCUGGAUGAGGAAACUUGAUCUGUCCCCGCGAGAGCCCAUCGCCACCGACGAGUCGACUGAAGCGCAUGACUUGCUGAGACGUAUUCGCCAGUUGGAGAAGAAGUUGAUGAUCACAGACAGCCGCCUCCCACCUGUCAGGGAGGCUCUGUCCCGCUUCUCCACCCAGCUGUCCAACGCCGAGGGCUUUCUCCAGAAAGCAGCCAGCACCGUCCAAGAGACAGAAAACAGGAACAGAGCCAGCAUCCUCAAAUUCCAGAGGAGUGAGACAAAGCAGGUGAGGGUGGAUGAGGACCACGCCGCUGUCAUGAAAACACUGGAUGCAGCCAGAGGCUUCAUCUCUGACACGGAGAGGACAGUGGCUGAGGCGGAUGCUAUAGUGCAGAACGUGACAGAGUACCACGCGGCGAUUGAUGGCGCCAUCCAAAAGCUGACGGAGAAGACCGAGCGUCUCUCACUGGCCGACAGAGAUCUGGUGCAGCGGGCUGACGAGCACGCAGAGGAGCUGGAGAAACAGGCCAACGAACUGGAAGAGGAUCUGAGAGAGAGCGAUGCCAACGGCUUUGUGCAGAGAGCCAUCAGUGCCGCCAACGUCUACAACAACAUCGUGAAAUACGUCGACGACGCCAACAUCACCUCGCUCACCACCCUCGACUUAUCCCAAAGAGCCGAAGAUGCCAUCACUGGGAUCAACGUGCAGCUCGAUCACCUUGUAACGCAGAGCGACAACGUCUUCAAGGAGUCUGUUUCAUUACAUUCAGAACAAAUUGAGGUAGAAGGCGAGGUGAUUGACAAGCUGAAAUACAUUGAGGAAACCAAAGAGACCAUGGAAAAGAACACCCAGAAACUUGCAGAAAUAGUGGAGGGUAUCAGUGGAAUUCAUAAAGACAGAACACCACAGCGACUGGAGUUCACCCUGAAGGUGGCUGGGGAGACUCUCAACCGUUCAACAGAGGUUCUUGAAACUGUCACCCCCAUCACCACCAAGGUGGAGGAGUGGGCCAACAACAUGAGAAACAACGAAUACUCUACAGAUGCUUACGAGCAGGCCGUCAGGUCUGCCGGGGAAGCAGUGGAGAACCUGAAUGUGCUCGUUCCUGAGCUGCUGGACAAGCUGAAGGUUGUUGAGGAGAAGAAGCCUGUGAACAACGUGACCACCAACAUCAUAAGGAUCAGAGAGCUCAUAGCCCAGGCCAGGAGUGUGGCCAAGAAAGUCCAAGUGUCAAUGAAGUUCAACGGUCAGUCCUCAGUGGAGGUUCAUCCUCACAGCAACCUGGAAGAACUGAAGACAGUGACGUCCAUCAGCUUGUUCAUAAGGGUGGAUCCUGACAAGGACCCCAUCGAGGAUCGUUUCAUCUUCUAUCUGGGAGACAGAAAUGGAAGGAAAGACUACAUGGGGCUGGCCAUCAAGAAUGACAACCUGGUGUUCGUGUACAACCUUGGCGGUGAAGAUGUUGAGAUCCCGCUGAGUUCAAAGCCUGUCAGCCAAUGGCCCGCGGUCUUCAACUACAUCAAAGUGGAGAGGCUGGGCAGACAUGGCAAAGUCUUCCUGACCAUCCCCAGUCAGAGCUCCACAGACGAGCAGAAGUUCAUCCAGAAAGGCGAGGCUCCAGGCACCGACUCACUGUUCGAUAUCGACCCCAAGGAUAUAGUGUUCUUUGUUGGUGGUGUCCCACAAGAUGUGAAGCUUCCACCUCCUCUGAGUCUUGCUCCUUUCGUGGGCUGCAUCGAGUUGGGCUCACUGAACAACGAUGUGAUCAGCCUGUACAAUUUCAAAGAAACUCACAAAAUGGAUGUCAUUACAUCAGUACCAUGCCCCAGGUACAAGUUGGCAUUUUCUCAGAGUCGUAUUACCAGCUACCUGUUUGAUGGAACAGGCUACGCACUCAUCAAUAAUAUUGAGAGAAGGGGCAAAUUUGGUGUUGUCACAAGAUUUGAUAUUGCAGUGCGAACUGUCGCAAACAAUGGCGUUCUUUUCCUCAUGGUCAACGCAGAUAAAUAUUUCCUUUUAGAGUUAAAGAAUGGCUUUCUACGCCUCAUGUAUGACUUUGGCUUCAGCAGUGGGCCACAACUUUUAGAGGAGAACUUACCAAAGCUCCAGAUAAAUGAUGCACGAUACCAUGAGGUGUCAGUGAUUUACCAUCAGUCAAAGAAGGUAAUCCUACUGGUGGACAAGAGCCACAUAAAAUCUCUGGAGAAUCCAAAAACCACUCUGCCUUUCUCAGAUAUCUACAUAGGUGGAGCUCCCUCGAGCGUUCUCAAAUCUAGGCCUGAGCUGUCUGCUUCCAUGGGCCUGAAAGGCUGUGUGAAAGGUUUCCAGUUCCAGAAAAAAGACUUCAACCUGUUGGAGGAGCCUGGCACCAUUGGCAUCAGCAGUGGCUGCCCUGAGGAGUCCUUUAUGUCCCGUAAAGCCUAUUUCACUGGAGAGAGCUACCUGGGAUCCACAGCAAAAAUUUCACCCUUUGACAGCUUUGAGGGAGGACUUAACUUUAGAACUCUGCAGCCCAGCGGACUUUUGUUUUACCACAGUGACGGGUCUGAUGAGUUCAGCAUCUCCCUGGAGAAUGGAGCAGUGGUUCUGAACUGCAGAGGCACGCGAGUUAAAUCACACAAGAAGCAAUACAAUGAUGGAAGGACACACUUCUUAGUGGCCUCAGUGAACCAUCAGAAGUAUUCAAUAUUGGUGGAUGACAAAGACAAGCAGGACAAGAAACGUCCAUCAUCAGCCACAAGAUCCACAUCAGGUUCUGCUGUGAAGACCUUCUACUAUGGAGGGUCUCCAAGCAGCAGCUUCAAGAACUUCACAGGCUGCAUCAGCUACGCCUACAUCAACAGACAGGACCGGGACAUUGAGCCUGAGGACUUCCAGCGGUACACAGAGAAUGUCAAGACCUCUCUGCAGGAGUGUCCAGUCCAGCGUCCCCCUGCUGCUCUGCUGUCAAGGCAAAGGGAGCACACAUCUGGAGGCAGACAGAGCCAAUCGCACAAGGUUAGCAGGGAGUCCAGCCUCCCUAUGGGGCUGAUGGAACUCAAGAGUGAUGACCAGGAGCCAUCAGAGGUGAACGCAGAGCCCUGCUACCUCUCCUCAAGUCCCAGAGCCACCCGCCAAGCCUUCCACUACGGCGGCAUUGCCAACAGCAGGCAGCACUACACAGAACUCCCAGACUCCCUUUCUGAGAGGUCCCACUUCUCCUUGUCCCUGAAGACCAACUCGUCCUUUGGCCUCAUCUUUUAUGUAUCUGAUGUCCAAGAGGACAACUUCAUGGCUCUCUUCCUGGCCCAUGGGAAGCUUGUGUACACCUUCAAUGUAGCAGACCAAAGAGUCAGAAUCAGGAGUGAGGAGAAAUACAAUGACGGUGCAUGGCACAAUGUUAUUUUUAUCCAUGAUGGGAGUAUGGGCCGGUUAAUAAUUGAUGGGCUGACAGUGCUGGAUGGCAGAGCUCAGGGAAGCGACGUCUCCUGGCGAGUGAGCAGUCCCAUCUAUGUCGGAGGAGUCCCUCCAGGGAGAGCCCAGAAGAAUGUUCCGAAAAACUCUGCGUACAGUUUUACCGGUUGUUUGAAGAACCUUCAGCUCGACGGCCAGUGGCUGUCCUCCACGGUGGAGACUUUCGGGGUCACUCCAUGCUUCGAGGGAUUCUCUGAGGCGGGAACAUACUUCUCAGAGGAAGGAGGAUACAUCGUGCUUGAUGAAACGUUUGACCUGGGGCUAAGGUUUGAGUUGGUGAUGGAGGUGCGCCCCCGUGUGGCAUCUGGGGUGCUACUGCAUGUGCGCUCAGCAGACGGAUAUUUCACUAUAUACAUUCAUCAAGGGGAGGUGGUGGUUCUUGUGAACGAUGGGUCUCAUGAGUUCUUCACAAAGGUGGCACCGAGACAGAGUCUGUGUGAUGGCAACUGGCACAGAAUCACUGUGAUCCGGGAUGCCAAUGUUGUCCAGCUGGAUGUGGACUCUGAGGUCAACCAUGUUGUGGGACCUCUGAACCCAAGCUCCACAGAUACCAAGAAGCCCGUGUUCAUUGGUGGAGCUCCAGAUCUUUUCCUCCCAGAUGGCGUUGCAACCAGGAAGGCCUACGUGGGCUGCAUGAGGAACCUGACCAUCAAUAACAGCCAAGUGAGCUUCAGCAAAGCUGUCCUGGUCAGUGGAGCAGUCAGCGUUGGAACCUGUCCAGCAGCAUAAAACUUCACGCCAUCAUUGUCCCCAAUACAGCACUGACCAAACAUUAAAACCCUCUGUGUGUGUCAAACAUAACCGUUGAGAGAAGUACUGUCACUGUUGCUUUCACCUGUUGUCAGAUAUUUGUCCUUGUUUUUGUCUUUUGUCAUUUCAUGUUCAUUGUUUUACAUGAUAUGUCUCAUCCCUAGAAAACGACCAAAUCGCCCAAGUUAAAAAUAAUAUCCAGAAAAGAAACCAUCACUUAAAGAGAAUGUGAGCAGAUUUCAGGUUCAGUACCAUCCUGACAAACCUACAGUGUCCUGAAAUUUAGACUACAAUUAUUUCUCUGUAGAAGAAGAGAAUUCUUUAUCACCUGAAUGUCACAUUUUUUCUACAAGCUUGUGUUCAAAAAUGUCCUUUUUGUACUGGUUUAUUUCUGAUAAAUAAAACAAAUAUUUUACAUCCA